AUGUCCUAUGCUUUGAGGAGUCUGGUGGAGGAUGAUAACAGAUACCUGCAGUCCUUCCAGUUGUUCCUGGAGUGCUCCUCUGAACAUCAGUGCAUGCAGGACUUCAUCCACGCCAUCCUGCCUGACAUACUAACCAGGUAACAAGGAUGUAGCUAAGACUCUGGGGUGUUUUAUGCUAGUAGCUACCUGUCCUGAUAGCACAAUAUCCUGCCUUUGUCUUCCCCAGCAUUGGAGAGGGAAAAGCCAAUAUUAAUGUGAUGGGAGUCGGAAGUGGAGCAGGUGAGAUACAAGCUGUUACAAGGGAUUACAAUACUAUAGAUAAACAAUUCAAACAUUUACUGUUUGUUUAACGACAUUGAUUUACCUAAGAGCAUACCAAGUAAAGUAAUUUACCUGUUUUAUUAUAGGCAUAUUACGUCCACCAAGUUCUGCUAAUCAAAACUGAGGACAAUUUAUUUUUGGUUCGCACAAUGUACGUCACUUAUUUGGUAGCUAACAUUACUUAUAAAAUGACAUUACUUUGUUAUGUCCUCCGGUUCUUACUCUUUCUGUUUGACUCUAGUAGAAAAGCCUUCCUUUAGGGGCCUCAAACUCAGCUCUGGACCUCCAAGCCAGUUCCACUGCAUUUUUUCAUUGUUCCCCUCUAAUCAGGGAUUGAUUUUAGACCUGGGACACUAGGUGUGUGCAAUUAAUUAUCAGGUAGAACAGAAAACCAGCAGGCUCUGGAUCUCGUAGGGUAAGAGUUGAGUAUCCCUGCUUUAGGGUCUGGUUCCAGCUCUUCAUAGGUUGUCUGUUUGUGAUGUUCCCACAUUAACAGGUGAGGUUGACCUGAAGAUGUUCUCUGAGCUGCGUCUGAAGCAUCUUGCCAUAACCGUGGACAACCAGGUGGUGGAGCCCAGUGCCCAGCAGCUACACCUUUAUAAGGGUAAAGUAGACUGUAGUACAAUACAACUAUAGGGGUAAAGUAGACUGUAGUACAAUACAACUAUAGGGGUAAAGUAGACUGUAGUACAAUACAACUAUAAGGGUAAAGUAGACUGUAGUACAAUACAACUAUAAGGGUAAAGUAGACUGUAGUACAAUACAACUAUAAGGGUAAAGUAGACUGUAGUACAAUACAACUAUAAGGGUAAAGUAGACUGUAAUGGAAAGGUUUACCAGUACCACAAUUAAAAGGGUAUAACGUUAUUACAGUUACGGGACUGCAGACUCCAAUGGAAAGGUUUAAGACAACUAUAAGGGUAUAUUUUUAAUUUCAGUAUGAUUGUGUAAUAAAUUAUUAAUUCAAUGGCAUAUCCUAAUAACCUAAUCUUACAGUCACUUUUUGUGUGGAUUGACUUCAUACACUGAGUGUACAAAAUCUUCCUCCUCCCCUGUAGAUGAAGGGGAGGAGGCAGGUUAAAUCAUGAUUUUUACACCUUGAGACAUGGAUUGUGUAUGUAUGCCAUUCAGAGGGUGAAUAUUGAAGUGCCUUUGAACAGGGUAUGGUAGUAGGUACCAGGCGCACCAGGUUGUGUGAAGAACUGCAACACUGCUGAGUUUUUCACGCUCAACAGUUUCCCAUUUGUAUCAAGAAUGGUCCACCACCCAAAGGACAUCCAGCCAACUUGACAAAAAUGUGGGAAGCAUUGGAAGCAACAUGGGCCAGCAUCCAUGUGGAAUGCUUUUGACAACUCUUAGAGUCCAUGCCCCGACAAAUUGAUGCUGUUCUUAGGGCAAAAGCUGCAACUCAAUAUUAGGAAGGUGUUCUUAAUGUUUUGUACACUCAGUGUAUAUCUUUAUCUUGUGUAGUGUUGGUGUCCCAGAAACCAAAUCUAGAUUACAUUAAAUUCACCUGGAAUAAGAUGACUGCCACUGAGUUUGAGAAGGACUGGCGAGAGAAGAACUAUACCAAGAAGAUGGACUUCAUACACAUGAUACAGGUUAGAACUAACCCACAUGGCUUUGUAUAGUGGAUGCCUGGUGUGUGUGCUGCAGUACAGUACAUUUGGAAGGUAUUCAGACCCCUUGACCUUUUCCACAUUUUGUUACUUUACAGACUUAUUCUAAAAUUGAUGAAAUAGUUUUUUCCCCUCAUCAAUACUCCAUAAUAACAAAGCAAAAACUGGUUUCUAUCAAUUUUAGCAAAUGUAUUACAAAUAAAAAACUUAAAUAUUACAUUUACAUAAGUAUUCAAACCCUUUACUCAGUACUUUGUUGAAGCUUCUUUGGCAGCGAUUACAGCCUCGAGACUUCUUGGGUAUGACGCUACAAGCUUGGCACACCUAUAUUUAGGGAGUUUCUCUAAUUCUUCUCUGCAGAUCCUCUCAAGUUCUGUCAGGUUUCAUGGGGAGCGUUGCUGCACAGCUAUUUUCAGGUAUCUCCAGAGAUGUUCGAUCGGUUUCAAGUCCAGGCUCUGGCUGGGCCACUCAAGGACAUUCAGAGACUUGUCCCGAAGCCACUCCUGCUUUGUCUUGGCUGUGUGCUUAGGGUCGUUGUCCUGUUGGAAGGUGAACCUUCGCCCUAGUCUGAGGUCCUGAGCGCUCUGGAGCAGGUUUUCAUUAAGGAUCUCUCUGUACUUUGCUCCGUUCAUCUUUCCCUCGAUCCUGACUAGUCUCCCAGUCCCUGCAGGUUUCCUCCAGACGUGACGCUUGGCAUUCAGGCCAAAGAGUUCAAUCUUGGUUUCAUCAGACCAGAGAAUCUUGUUUCUCAUGGUCUGGGUCCUUUAGGUGCCUUUUGCCAAACUCAAAGGGGGCUGUCAUAUGCCUUUUUCUGAGGAAUGGAUUCCGUCUGGCCACUCUACCAUAAAGGCCUGAUUGGUGGAGUGCUGCAGAGAUGGUUGUCCUUCUGGAAGGUUCUCUCAUCUCCACAGAAGUACUCUGGAGCACUGUCAGAGUGAUCAUUGGGUUCCUGGUCACCUCCCUGACCAAGGCCCUUCUCCCCCGAUUGCUCAGUUUGACCGGGCGGCCAGCUCUACGAAGAGUCUUGGUCGUUCCAAACUUCUUCCAUUUAAGAAUGAUGGAGACCACUGUGUUCUUGGGGACCUUCCAUGCUGCAGACAAUUGUUGGUACCCUUCCCCAGAUCUGUGCCUCGACACAAUCCUGUCUCUGAGCUCUACGGACAAUUCCUUCAACCUCAUGGCUUGGUUUUUGCUCUGACAUGCACUGUCAACUGUGGGACAUUAUAUAGACAGGUGUGUGCCUUUCCAAAUCAUGUCCAAUCAAUUGAAUUUACCACAGGAGGACUCCAAUCAAGUUGUAUAAACAUCUCAAGGAUGAUCAAUGGAAACAGGAUGCACCUGAGCUCAAUUUCGAGUCUCAUAGCAAAGGGUCUGAAUACUUAUUUAAAUAAGGUUUUUCUGGUUUUUCUGUUUAAUAAAUUAGCUAAAAUUUCUAAAAACCUGUUUUCGCUUUUUCAUUAUGGGGUGUUGUGUGUAGAUUGAUGAGGAAAAAAUAUAAUUUAAUCAAUUUAGAAUAAGGCUGUAACGUAACAGAAUGUGGAAAAAGUCAAGGGGUCUGAAUACUUUCCGAAUGCACUGUAUGUACCAUACAUAGCUAUUGCUAUUUAUUUGUAUUGCAUUAUUAAGAUCACAUUCAGUCUUUUUAUGAGAAUAAUCGGAUAGUUCCUCUGGGUUCCAUCCAGAUGUUGUAUUACGUGAAGGAUCCUUGUGCUACAGUCUCAUUCUACCAGAGCCUCCUGGACAAGAAAGGAAAACUACUCAUCAUUCUGGUGUCUGGUGAGUCAAAUGGGUUUAUCAGAACCCAUGCCUGCCAGAGCUCUGUUAUUGUCACACCCUGGCUCUGGGACUCUAUAUGUUGAGCCAGGGUGUGUUCAUUCUUUGUGUUUAUUUCUAUGUUGGUAAUUCUGGUGUGUUUAUUUCUAUGUUGGCUAGAGUGACUCCCAAUCAGAGGCAACGAGUGUCAGCUGUCGUUGGUUGUCUCUGAUUGGGAGCCAUAUUUAUACUGUCUAUUUUCCCUUUGUGUUUGUGGGUUCUUGUUCCGUGUUCGGUCAUUGUUACCGUGGACUUCACGAGUCGUUUCUUGUUUUUGUAUCGUGUUUACACUUUAACUAAUUAAAGUAUGUUCGUUCAUCACGCUGCGCCUUGGUCUGUUCAAUAUGACGAUCGUGACAGUUAUAUGUUAUACUUAUUGAUUUGAAUACCUACUUGUCUAAUAGGGAAAUGUGUCUGGCAACAAUACAGGGAUCCCUGGCAUACACAUAAUACACAAACAUCUAGAAUACUGUAUGAACUGUUAUACUGUUAUACUUUUUCUGUAGGUGAGAGUGGCUGGGGGAAGCUGUGGAGGACCUUCAGGACCCAGCUGUGUAGCACAGAGAGCAGUCAGUGUGUCACCACGGGUGAUAUUAAAACCUACCUGGACUCUAAGGCAGUGAGUUACCAGAGCUACGAGCUGCCUUCUCAGAUGGAUAUCACAGAGUGUUUCACUGAGGGGGACCAGAGAGGAGAGCUACUGCUGGACUUCCUGACUGAGGUGUUGAACUUCAGCAGCACGGCUCCUGCAGAGCUGAAGGCUAGUGCUCUGGAGCUGCUGAGACACCCAGACUGUAGUAGAGAGGUAGACGGAAGGGUUAUCUUCAAUAACACCCUGGGCGUGCUGGUCGUUGACCCUCUACAGUAA